CCCAUGAGUCUCACCAAACCAUUCACAAUAAAAUACCACUUUUUGUCUGUUCUAGCUUCCAACUUUUAUCCAUUUCCUUUUGUUUUCUUUCUUUUUCCUAACCAUUUAAACAUUCUUACUCUCUUCAAUCUUUGCCUCACACUCUUUUGAUUAAAAAAAACUGGAUUUUGAUCAAUUAUGGCAUGUUCAUCAAAAAGUGUUUUCCAUGUUCCUAAAUUGAAUGAAAAUAUGCUUCUUGGUCCUAAAUCCAAAGAGUUUUUUAGUCUUUGUCCUUCAAAACAUGGUAAAGCAAAACCAAACAUCAACUCAGUUUUGAGUAAUGUCUCUAUUAAUGCACAAGCAACAAUUUGUGUUAACAAAAAUUUGAGGUGGUGGAAGAAGAACUUGAAGACUAAUAUGAUUGAGAUCCAGUCAGCUGAAGAACUUGUUCAUUCUUUGGUCAAUGCCGGUGAUGCAUUGGUUGUUUUGGAUUUCUAUUCACCUGGUUGUGGAGCCUGCAAAGCACUUCACCCAAAGAUAUGUCAAAUUGCAGAAUUAUAUCCAAGUAUAAUAUUUCUAAAAGUGAAUUAUGAAGAGCUGAGAAGCAUGUGUCAAAGUUUGCACAUUCAUGUCUUACCAUUCUUCAGAUUCUACAGAGGUGCAGAUGGUCGAGUUUGUAGCUUCAGUUGUACAAACACAACGAUAAAGAAAUUGAAGGAUGCUAUAGCAAAACAUGGGAAUGAACGUUGUAGUUUAGGUGAAGCAAAAGGUCUGGAUGAGUCUGAGUUGAAGGAUUUGGCGUCAAUUGGUGAAAUAAGAAUUGAUUCUCCUUCGUUGUAUUCUAUGGAAGAGAAAAUGAAGGAUUUUUCUGAUGUUUGGAAUAUGACAACAAGUAAAGAUUAUCACAAUGGAUUUGUGACAGAUAUCUUAUGGUGAUUGUUUUGAGAUUCAGAUUCAUUGUUUUGAAGUAGCAAGUAGGACAUUGGUCUUAAUCCUAUUAGACAACUGCAUUAGAUAUGUGAAAAAAAAAAUUGGAGUUGGAAAGGGUAGAUAUUGAAAUUUCAAUUUUUGAAGUUGAAAUUAUUAUUAGUAUCAUUUUAAUUAUUAAUUAUUUUUUCUAUUUUUUUUUAUAAAUAUUUUGGAGUGGAGAUACUACAUGUGAUGUGAUG